AUGCCUCUCCUCCCCGAGGCGGGGCAGGGCCGGGGUCCCCGCAACCACACGCGUGUUGACCGCCACCGCCCGUCUGCCUCCAGCACCGAGGCCCGCGCGGCCAAGGCGCGAGACCUGCUCCAGGCCGCGUUCGAGGACCUGAGCCAGGACCAGCUGAAGCGCUUCCGCCACAAGCUGCGGGACGCGGCCCUGGACGGCCGCAGCAUCCCGUGGGGGCGGCUGGAGCGCGCCGACGCCGUGGACCUCGCGGAGCAGAUGAUCCAGUUCUACCGGCCGGAGCCUGCCCUGGACGUGGCCCGAAAGACACUGAAGAGGGCGGACGUGCGCGACGUGGCUGCGCGACUCAAGGAGCAGCGGCUGCAGUGGUUCGGCCCCGGCUCCUCCGCUCUGCUCUCCGUGUCGGAGUACAAGAAGAAGUACAGAGAGCACGUCCUGCAGCAGCACGCCAAGGUAAAGGAGAGGAACGCCCGCUCGGUGAAGAUCAACAAGCGCUUCACCAAACUGCUGAUCGCGCGCGAGAGCGCCGCGCUGGUGGACGAGGCUCCGGAGCUCGCGGAGGAGCCAGAGGCAGAGCGCGCGCGGCGCUCGGACACCCACACCUUCAACCGCCUGUUCGCCCGCGACGAAGAGGGUCAGCGGCCUCUGACCGUCGUGCUGCAGGGCCCGGCGGGCAUCGGCAAAACCAUGGCUGCGAAGAAGAUCCUGUACGACUGGGCGGCCGGCAAGCUGUACCACGACCAGGUAGACUUCGCCUUCUUCUUGCCCUGCCGCGAGCUGCUGGAGCGACCGGGCCCGUGCAGCCUGGCCCGCCUGGUCCUCGACCAGUGCCCCCACCGCAGCGCGCCCGUGCGCCAGAUGCUCGCUCGCUCCGAGCGGCUGCUCUUCAUCCUGGACGGCGCGGACGAGCUGCUCCCGGGACCCGCCAACGCCGCGCCCUGCACAGACCCCUUCGAGGAGGCGGAUGGCGCGCGCGUGCUGGACGGCCUGAUGAGCAAGACGCUGCUGCCCGGAGCCCGCCUGCUGGUGACCGCGCGCGCCGCCGCCCCGGGGAGGCUGCAGGGCCGCCUGUGCUCCCCGCAGUGCGCGGAGGUGCGCGGCUUCUCUGACAAGGACAAGAAGAAGUACUUCCACAAGUUUUUUCGGGACGAACGGAUGGCGGAGUGCGCCUACCGCUUCGUGAAGGAGAACGACACUCUGUUUGCGCUGUGCUUCGUGCCCUUCGUGUGCUGGAUCGUGUGCACCGUCCUGCGCCAGCAGCUCGAGCUCCACCAGGACCUGUCGCGCACCUCCAAGACCACCACGUCCGUGUACCUGCUCUUCAUCACCAGCGUCCUGAGCUCGGCGCCUGCCGCUGACGGUCCCCAGAUGCAGGGAGAGCUGCGGAAACUGGGCCGCCUGGCCCGCGAAGGUACCCUCCGGCACAGGGCGCAGUUCCCCGAGAAGGAUCUGGAACGACUGGAACUUCGUGGCUCUAAAGUGCAGACGCUGUUUCUCAGCAAGAAAGAGCUGCCAGGAGUGCUGGAGACGGAGGUCACCUACCAGUUCAUGGACCAGAGCUUCCAGGAAUUCUUUGCCGCACUGUCCUACCUGCUGGAGGACGAGAGGGCUCUCGAGGCACCGGCUGAGGGCGUAGGGGCGCUUCUGCGGGGGGACGCCGAGCUGCGCGGCCACCUCACGCUCACCACGCGCUUCCUCUUCGGGCUGCUGAACGCAGAGCGGAUGCGUGACAUCCAGCGCCAAUUUGGCCGCAGCGUGGUUUCCGAGCGCGUGAAGCAGGAUGUCCUGCGCUGGGUGCAGGAACAGGGCCAGGGCCGCCCGAGGGCGGCCCCUGAGGGGACUGAAGAGACAGAAGCUCCGGAAGGCUCCGAGGAGCCAGAAGAGGAGGAGGAGGGAGAGCUCAGCUACCCGCUAGAGCUCCUGUACUGCCUGUACGAGACGCAGGAGAGCACCUUUGUGCACCAGGCGCUGCGCGGCUGGCCUGAGCUCCGGCUGGAGCGAGUGCGCUUCAGCCGCCUGGACCUGGUGGUCCUGAGCUACUGCGUGAGGAGCUGCCCGGCCGGGCAGGCCCUGCGGCUGGUUAGCUGUGCGCUGGUCCCCCCACAGGAGAAGAAGAAGAAGAGCCUGAUAAAGCGACUGCAUGGCAGCCUCGGUGGCAGCUCUUCACAAGCCACCACGAGAAAACCCCAGGCCUCUCCACUAUGUACACUCUUCGAGGCCAUGACUGACCAACACUGUGGUCUGCACAGCCUGACGCUGUGCCGCUGCCGACUGCCGGACUCCGUCUGCCGAGACCUCUCCGAGGCCCUGAGGGAGGCCCCCGCCCUGAGGGAGCUGGGCCUCCUCCACAACCGGCUCAGCGAGGCAGGCCUGCGGGUGCUGAGUGAGGGCCUGGCCUGGCCGCAGUGCCAGGUGCAGAAGCUCCGGGUGUGGCAGCCCAGCCUUCAGGAAGCCUUUCAGUACCUCACCGGCAUGCUCAGGCAGAGCCCAGCAUUGACGACCCUGGAACUCGGUGACUGCCGGCUAUCAGAGUCCAUAGUGACCUACCUGUGUGCGGUCCUCCAGUACCCGGGAUGCCGCCUACAGACCCUCAGUCUGACCUCCGUGGAGCUGAGCGAGCAGUCCCUGAAGGAGCUGCAGGCGGUGAAGACAGCAAAGCCAGGCCUGGUCAUCACCCACCCAGCCCUGAAUGGUCAUCCCAGGCCUCCUGCAGGACGCAGCAGUGCCCUCUGA